AUGGGCCGUGCGCUUGAGUUUGAGCACGAACGGAGCGUCGUUCGCCACGAGCUCUUCCGGGAGGCGAUGGGGGCGAUGAACCAACUCGGCGGGGAACUCGCGGACGUCUACGCGCGCCUGAAGGCUAAGUGUCUUCGGAUGGCGGAGGAACGGCGGAAGCUGAAGGUGGCUAUCAACCUUGGCCGCCAUCAGCGUGAUCUUGACAACGCGAAGGCCAAGGCGUUUCUUGAGGUCUCUUGUGAGGCUUGCUCCCGAGCUUUGGAGGAGGCUCGCGAGGCUGACCGCCGUCGUGAAGCUACGGAGAAGCGUGCGUGGGAGCUCCAGGCCUGGCGUGCGUCCUUGGAGCAGCAAGUGGAGGCGCGCAAAGCCGCCCUUGCGUCGCUAAGGGGGACGUCCGCCAAAGAAGAAGAGGUUCGGAGGCGCGAGGAGGCGUUGCCAUUGGAAGCCGUGGAGCGUAGCCUCGAGCUUGAGCGGUUGGAGGCGAGGGAGCAUCAAGUUGCCCAAUCGGAAGAUGUCGUUGGUGCACGCGAGGUCAAGGCUCAGGAGGAGGUCGAUCGCCGGGUGGCCGAGGUUUGCGCGGGUCUUGAGGGUAGGCAUGACCUGAAGCUACAGCUUGCGGAGACGGAGGCUGCAGGUAGGGCCGCUGCCCUUAGGCCCAGGCUAGCUGAGGUAGAGAGGCGCGAGGAGGGCACGACAGUCGCACUGGUUACGGCGCAGGCGGAUCUGGCCUCCGCCCGCGCCGAGCUGCUCUCUCUUCAGAAGCGUGUUGCCAACGCCGAGGCCAUCGCGUGGCAGAACAGGGAGGAAGAUUUUUAUGAACUGGCCCAGGCUUUCUUUGAGGGUACUGCUCAUCUGGAAAAUAUCAAUGACUCAUACAUAACUCUGGUGCCUAAGAAGCCCUCCCCUGAAGAGGUGGGUGACUUCAGACCUAUCUCUUUAACAGGAAUGGGUCUUAAGUUCUUGUCUAAGAUGGCAGCCAAUAGGUUUCAAGAGGUGAUUAUGCAGUGUGUCCACAAGAACCAGUAUGGUUUCAUAAAAAGCAGAACAAUUCAAGAUUGUAUUGGGUGGACCUUUGAGUAUUUGCACCAGUGCCACCAGUCCAAGAGACCUAUUGUGAUUCUAAAGUUGGAUUUUGAAAAGGCUUUUGACUCCCUUGAGCAUGAGGCCAUUGUGCAAAUAUUGAGAUAUAAGGGCUUUAAUGAGAAGUGGAUUCUUUGGAUGAAGCAACUUUUAUCCACAGGUACCUCAUCUGUUCUGCUUAAUGGAGUUCCUGGUAGGAAGUUCAGAUGUAAAAAGGGUGUCAGACAUGGUGAUCCAGUCUCUCCCCUCCUUUUUGUCUUAGCUGCUGAUCUCCUACAGACUUUAAUCAAUGACAUGUUCAGAAGGGGCAUUCUUCAAUUACCUAUACCUUGUCAUGAUCAGGAUUACCCUGUGAGUCAGUAUGCUGAUGACACCCUUACUAUCUUGCCUGCGGACAAGGACCAUCUUAUAGCUCGGAAGGAUAUGCUCAGGGUCUUCUCUGUGUCCACUGGUCUGGAUGUGAACUAUCACAAAUCCUUUAUUAUUCCCAUCAAUGUGGACACUGCUGUCAUGACUGAAUUAGCUUCUCCAUUUGGAUGCCAGAUUGGGAAAAUGCCAUUUACCUACCUUGGACUAGGGAAACAAGGGAUCAUCUGUUCUUUAAUUGCAACUUUAGUGUCAGAGUUUGGAACUAUCUGCAAAUUGAUUGGUCAUCUGGUGAGGGUGUUCGGAGCAGACGGCCGCCGCGUUGGAUGCUGCCCCGAGGAUAACGACGGCGGCGAGGUGCUUGGCCUUGGCGAUGGUCGUGACGAGGGUGAGGAUGGUCUUGCCUACGGCGCUGGCCGCUGCUCGCCCAGCUACGGUGAUUCUCCCUCCGGCGACAGCUCGAGCAGCGGCGGCUACGACCAGCAGCUACGCCGCCGUGCCUGCUUCGAGGGUGGCAGCGGGUCGUCUCAUCGCCGCGCCCCAGUGAAGCACGAGGAGGGGUCCGGCUGA